GGCUGGCUUUUCAGAAAGGAAAAAAAGGCACCUACUCCCUCUGCAGCUCAGAGCUGGGAAGUGUCUGUAGAGCACAACUUGCGAGUGCAUACUGCCCACUAACACAGAGACAGAACAUCUGUGGCUGCUGGACAGCAUCUUCUGGCAAAGGCUUCUCCCUAUCGCAGCCAGCUGCCUUCCUCUGUCUUCUGUCACUUGCCUGCAAUCCAGGUGCAUGAUGGAUGAGAAACCUGACUCAAAUUUAUCUGUAAUAUGGUAUAGAAAAAGCCUCAACAAGACUCUAAACUAUGAAGAGCCUAACAUUACUUAUGUGGAUUUUUAUCUUCAUCGACCCUCAGUGGCUGCAGUUUUUAUUGCUUCAUACCUACUUAUAUUUAUUCUCUGCAUGCUAGGCAAUGGAGUUGUUUGCUUUAUCGUUCUAAGCAGCAAACACAUGAGAACUGUUACCAAUCUUUUCAUUCUCAACCUUGCCAUUAGUGAUCUGCUGGUUGGGAUAUUCUGCAUGCCGACAACCCUCUUGGAUAAUAUUAUUGCAGGUUGGCCCUUUGGCAGCACAGUAUGUAAGAUGAGUGGCAUGGUUCAAGGGAUAUCCGUAUCUGCCUCUGUUUUCACAUUGGUUGCAAUAGCAGUAGAUAGAUUUCGAUGCAUCGUUUACCCUUUCAAGCAGAAGCUGACUAUAUCCACAGCUGUUGUAAUUAUCGUAGUCAUCUGGGUUUUAGCAAUUGCCAUAAUGUGUCCGUCUGCAGUCAUGUCUCAUGUUAAAGAGGAUAAGAACUUUAGGGUUGUUAUUGGCAACAGCAACCAAACAAAUCCUAUCUACUGGUGCCGUGAGGAUUGGCCUAACCCAGAGAUGCGCAAAAUUUAUACAACUGUUCUGUUCUCAAAUAUAUACCUUGCUCCUCUAUCAUUAAUUGUAAUUAUGUAUGCUAGAAUAGGCAUCACAUUGUUCAAAAGUGAAUUAAAUGUUGAAAAUAAGAAUCACCAACAGCCAAGACAUGCAGUUUCCCGCAGGAAGCAAAAAGUUAUUAAAAUGCUGAUUAUAAUAGCUUUGCUUUUCAUUCUCUCCUGGUUGCCAUUGUGGACACUGAUGAUGCUAACUGACUAUGCCAACUUGACACAGAAUCAGUACCAGAUGAUAAACAUUUAUAUUUACCCAUUUGCCCACUGGCUGGCAUUUUUCAAUAGCAGUAUCAACCCUAUAAUUUAUGGAUUUUUCAAUGAGAAUUUCCGUCGUGGAUUUCAAGCAGCUUUCAAACUACAGCUAUGCUCUGAAGAACUGGAGAGGCGAACAAUGUAUUCUCAUCGAGCUCAGGGAAAUGCCAUUCUACCAGCAGCUUCCCAUAAUACAGCUCGUCAGAACUCAGCCUUUGAAAAGCAAAGCAGUGACGACAAAGAGUCGGAUAAGAGAAAGCCUCUUACAAGUGACCAAGAUCUAAUCAUGGAAGACCUGGAAAAAUUUUCAAAUAACAAUGGAAUUCAAAAAGACAUGGUUUGAUUGGUGUAACCACACAGCCCCCCAAUAGUCCUGAUAUAGGAAGGACAGUCAAGAAUUGCAGAAUUCAAAAUGAUUGGGACUUACCAGGAUGUGGGUGGUGUUUGGGCCAGAUCAAGGGUGUCUGGAUAUAAGCCUGGAAUGUCCAUGGUGGAGGCAUAUCCUAAACUGACCUGAUUUUUCUUUAUCAAAUAUUUGGAAGUAAGACACAGCUUAAAAUGUACAUAUUAUGUUUGACAAAGAUCUUCUCUUAAGCUGUUCUCACUGUACGAUAAUGAAUAUUCCAUUGCCAAAUGCAUUCAUGCUUCCUGUAUUUAUGCAGAUCCAUGAAAAAAGCUAUUUUGUACCUAAUUUUGUAUAGGCUGUCUACUGGAUGCUUGUGUAAAUUUCCAUUUUUCAUAUAAAAGCUAGCAGUAAAAAAAAAAGAAAACAAUUGUGCAUUAAGCUAUUAAUAUAUAUUUUGUGAACAAAGAAUGUAUGAGUGUAUCUUAAACAGAGUAUUUAAUAUUCACUUUAUGUGAGAAAACCAUUUAUGACCACAACGAACAUUGUGUACCCUUUGUUAGGGUUUUAAAAGGAGGAAGCCUCUAAUGAAGCCAACACUUCUGAUGUGAAAUAAAGUGACAAAAAGCACCAUGCAUUAAUACAUCCAUGCAAGACAUCACUUAAUGUUAAUAAUUCAUUUAUAAAAGUUUAAUAAUUCACUUUUGAAAUAAAGGUAAGGACAGCUGCUUUUAAACUGA